AUGUCCGAUUCAAUCGAUGUCCUAGUUUACGGGCUAGGAGCGAUCGGCUCCUUCUAUGCCUUCAUCCUAUCCCGCACCGAGCGGGUGCGACUUACCGUCGUAGCACGGUCGAACUAUGAGGCUGUCCGAGCCAAUGGCAUUACCAUCAAGAGCGAGAUCCACGGCGAGCACACUUUCCACCCUUACCGAGUGGUGAAAUCCGUUGCGGAGGUCGGUCCGGUCCAUUACUUAGUGUGCGCGAACAAGGCAAUCGAUCAGGACGAGCAUGCAGCUCAGUUACACCCAGCCGUAGACGAAAACACGAGCAUUGUGAUCAUACAGAAUGGCGUUGGCAACGAAGAACCUUUCCGGAAGUAUUUCCCCCAUGCCUCGAUCAUAAGCUGUGUGACGUGGGUGGGAGCCAACCAAACAAGCCCCGGUGUUGUUGAGCACCAUAGCUCUGAAGAUACGCAAAUCGGCCUAUACCACAACCCCACCAUCGGCUACGAAAUCGAGCAGCUGCGACUUGAAACAUUUGCCGAAUUGUUUUGUAACGGCAAGACCAAGUUCCAGAUUCUCGAGAAUAUCCAGAUCCGGCGCUGGGAAAAGGUUGUCUGGAACGUGGCGUGGAAUUCUAUAACUACACUCACGAUGAUGGACACACAGUCCUGGUUGCAUUCUUCUCAAGAUGCGGAGCCGUUCACUCGCAAAUUGAUGCAGGAGGUCAUCAAUGUUGCGCGUGCUUGUGCCGUGCCCCUAAAGGAUAGUCUGGUUGACGAGCUUAUGGAUAAGAUCAAUUCCAUGCCAGGAAUUGGAAGCAGCAUGCAGACGGAUUGCAAAUGUGGUCGACCAUUGGAGAUUGACGUUAUACUGGGCUUCCCGUUCAAGAAGUCUAGAGAGCUCGGUAUUUCCGCUCCAUUCUUGGAGACGCUCUACGUUCUUUUGCGGGCGGUUGAUUGUCGUCUCAGGGCUGGGAAAUAG